GCCGACUGCCUGUCUCGAAUGCGACGGCAGCGACACUGGCCGGUACAACUGGCAUCGUUCAUUUCUGAUUUGGGAUGCUACAAGCCGGCCUUCCCGUCGCGCUCACCUUGCAGCUCGCAAACGCGCAGCAUGGGACGGUCCUCUUUGACGACAGGACGAACGGAGCGACGGUCGUCGAGAGUCGGUUUCUCCAUGACGGCGCCGAAGCCGUUCGGUUUGAAAAUGCCCGCGCUGCCACUGCACGUGGCCACUUGGCGCCGGGUUGCGACGUCUGCAUUGUGUCCGAGUCAUUGUCGUCGACCAAGCGGUACCUCUCGGGGCGCUCGAUCGUGCAACAUCGGCUCAACUGGGCCCGAUCCAGCUCUUCGAAAACAGUGUUUCGGCUCGUAGUCCACGCCGACGGCUCGUUUUUUCUUCAAAGCGCCCACUGGCCCGAGCUCUACGUGAGUUUCUUUGCCGCAACGUCCGUGCGCGAGCUUGGCGUCCUUGGGCUGCGCCGCGGCACCGAACACGCCGUCGCGCUGCGUGCCGUCGACGCGACACUGCGACAUUGCACUUUGCAGCGCCACCGACAGCGCGAAUUGAACGAUGCGCCGACGGUCUACAUCUCGGAAGACGCCUUUGACGUCGACUUGUCUGCCUCAGACGACGAAUCCACGGCGGUGGUUCAAGACGCGGUUGCGAUCGCAGUCGAAGUACCCGCGGCGUUCGAGUCGCCAGACAACAUGGCGCGGCAAAUGGCUAGUCCAGCGCUUGCAGUGCCCUUCCAGCCGGUCGCACAGCGCUGUGUAUGAGUCACACGAGACAUUUUAUCAUUCCAAUAUCAACAAAAACGACAACAACUACAAGUCGAUACCUCUUUUGAGCACCACUGCGCAACGCAAUUCUGGCACACCCAGCUGACGUAAAAAUGACCUCGCAUGUUAGAAGUCCAGUAGUAUUGUACAGACCUAUAGGCGGCACUCUUCCUCUUCUAUAGAGCUACACGGCUCAAUCGGCUCGCCAUCCAACUUCAAUGCUGCCACGCAACCACAAAUAUAUAGCACAAAUAACUUCAGUUAAUCACAGAGUAUAUCAAGU